UUCUGGAAACCAGAAGCCAGGAAGCUACCCAUAUUAUCACUUGAAAGUUGAGCCCCUGACUCCUAAACCUAAUGGCCUCAACCUGUAUCUCAAACUGCAUCAAUGACACUAGGGUCCCAGUCAGGCCAACAUAUGUCAACCUCUACAAGUGGCCGGAAUCAGAUGCCGAGUUUGUCAGGUCACUGAACUCCGACGGGCGCAGAGGCGGCCGUGCACAUCCCACGGUUGUUGAUAGCAUUUCAUGCAGGCAAAUGUACCUGAGAAGCUACACGUUUCAUAGGAAUGAAACUGAGCCUGAAAAAACGAAAUGUUUUGGCAGAGUUAAGAAGGAGAAGGUGAAGAGUCCUACAAGAAAAAAUAAGUCCGAAACUGUUGCCAAGAAGAGGUGUGUGGCGCUCAGAAGGGCCAAAGAGGUCUCCUGUGCCGCCCUUUUGACCAUGUUUCGCAGUCUGUUGUCCUGCACCACCAAGGUUGAUGUGGCUGAUCAUGGAGAUUGAGCAUUUUUUAUCUGUUUCAGCCUUCAGGGCUUCCUUCUUCUUCUUCUUCUUUUAAAUAACUUUCUAAUAGCAUUAAGUUUUUAUUCAUUUGAUGCCCUUCUUUUUCUUCAAUCUAUGUUAUUUUUGUUUGUUAAUGGAUAUGGACUGAUGAUAUCAUAUGUUAAUGGUUACAGUGCAGAGAGAGUUAUCAAGGAAUGCAAUUAUGCUAAUAUAUAUUUGGUUGAAAAAUAUAUCAUCAUAUGUAAAAUUUGUCCAUUUUCACCUUG